AAAAGUUUAAUAAUUUCAACAAGAUGCCAGACGCCGUGCAGCAAAGUUUUGUCCGUUCCUUCAUAGACUAUUUGAAGAAGCAGCUGGAUCUGAUGUCCCCCGAUCAGAGCGAGAGCAUUGAGGUGGCCAUCCAGUGCCUGCAGGCGGCAUUUGAUGUUGGCGAAGAGGAAACGGAGGCCGAGCAAAUCGAAGCCACCGCACAGAGCACAACGAGUUCACAGCCCGGCACAGAUGCAGCUGCUACAAGUAGCAGCACAUCCUCCACCACUGCCGUGAACACCAAGAAUAUCGACAUGUUCGAGCUCUUCCAGUCGCUGUACAUUGAACGCAAUCCAGAGUCCCUGGCGCUGGCCGAGUCAAUCAAGAACGAGGGCAACCGCCUGAUGAAGGAGUGUAAGUACAACGAGGCCCUGCUGCAGUACAACCGCGCCAUCACCUUCGACCCCAAGAACCCGAUAUUCUACUGCAACCGCGCUGCUGCCCACAUCCGUCUGGGUGACAACGAGCGCGCUGUCACCGACUGCAAGUCAUCCCUUCUCUACAACAACAACUACAGCAAGGCUUAUAGCCGCCUGGGCGUCGCCUACUCGAACAUGGGAAAGUUCAACGAGGCGGAGCAGGCCUACCGCAAGGCCAUUGAAUUGGAGCCGGAAAAUCUCGAUUACAGGAACAACCUGGAAGUGAACCGCAAUUCACGCAAUCAGCCCCCGCAACUUUCGCACCUAACCGACGGCCUGAACGCAAUGCUGGCUAAUCCCACGAUCCGCAAUCUGUUCAGUAGCGCCGAGAUUGACCUCACGCAGCUGCAAUCGAUGACCCAGAAUCCCAUGGUAAUGAACACUAUUGGCCAACUGUUUGCCACCAUGGGCACCCCAGGCGUCGGCGGAGGACCCGCUGCUCCCGGUGGGGCUGGCCCUGGCGGUGACGGUGGUGGCGCCGCUCCACAGAUCCCACCCAUGCCCAACGAUAUGAUGCAGCUGUUCCAAGCCUUCGCCAGCCAACUGGUGGGGCCCCAGAACCCAGGCGCCGGCAAUCCCAAUGCUGGUAACGGAGAACAGCCGGGCAACCAGCCGCCCCCGAGCAUCUGAAAAACAAACUAUAAUUACUGUAUUUUUAAUGUUUAAAAAGUUUCGAUUACACAUAACAUACAUAUACAUAAAUAUAUAUUUUUAUUGAUGGUAAUAAAUA